CUUAUCUCCUCCAUAAUAUCAGAAAUGAAGCUUGUCGAUCAUUAACACUUGCACUGUAACAUUUUACAAGUUCAAGAUCAAGGACUCAAUUAGUAACCUAGGAGAAAAUCCCCAAACAUUUCAGUGGAUACUCAUAUCUCUAUACUGUCUCCAUAGUUCUACUUCCACUGAGGAAAUGGAAUGUUAUGACACCUUGGACAAGUUACUUGCCAGUAAAGAUGGUCUGACUGCAUUUAGAGCGUUCCUGAAAUCUGAAUUUAGUGAUGAAAACCUAGAGUUUUGGUUGGCCUGUGAAGAUCUGAAGACAUCCACAUCUGAUGAAAUUUCUUCAAAAGCUUUUGACAUUUAUUGCGAAUUUAUCAAGGCUGAAUCACCAAGAGAGAUUAAUAUUGAUCACAAAACAAGGGAUGUCAUAGCUCAGAACAUCACACAAGCAACACCUCAUUGUUUUGAUGAUGCUCAAAAGCUUAUACUCUGUCUCAUGGCCAAGGACUCAUUCCCAAGAUUUUUGAGAUCCGAAUACUAUAAGGAGUUGUUGAAGAAACAGCAAAACGAUGGGCAAAAGAGAUGGCUGUCAUGUUAACAUUAAGCAAUAUGCUGUUUGCACUAUACAUUAGGAGACCAAAGUUAGAGAUACACAUAUGACUUUUUAAGGAAAGAAAGAACAUCAGUGCUCCAUUUUAACAAGCAUAUAUAUGUAUGAAAUAUGUUUACUAAAUAAAUUUGCCUUUAAAAAAAAA